AUGGCAGCCAAUGGCUCCGGCGGGAUGCAUGAUGCUUUGUUGGACAACAGCUUUGCCGGUACCGACGAACUCGUUUCUGACUGGUACAUCUACGAAACCAUGGAGCCGGCCGUGCCACAGGAUGACAUGUUUUCCAGUGAAAUCCCAGACUGCAACCCCACCGUUUCUCCCAGACUGUAUCACAUCUGCAUGGCACCGGUCUCCCUGGCUGUGCUCGUGGGCUUGUCCUUGCUGGUGAAACGCAGGCGUCUCCACUGGAGCUGCUGGAACGGCGUCCCGGGACUGCUCAGCCCAGCCAACUUUCUGGAGGAGGAAGGCAACCGAGGGCUGGUGGCUGCGGUGUUCGGCAUCCUGUUCUCCUCCCUGUGCAUGUUGGUCUUGGACAGGGACCCUCUGCCACUCAUCGCUCAUUCCUCCCAGAGCAGCCGAGAGUACUGGAAGAUCCUGGCUUUGCUGUACUACCCUGCCUUCUACUACCCCCUGAUCGCCUGUGCCACGGUCCGGCACAGGGUCAGCUACCUUGUGGGCUGCCUGCUCUCCUGGUGCCAUUGUGUGGUCCACAUCUGGCAGAAGGUGGAUUGUCCCCAGUCACCGAAGAUAUACAGGUACUACUCCACGCUCUCUUACAUCCCCAUCAUCCUCUGCCUUGUGCUCUUAAGCCUUUGGUAUCCAGCCCUGCUCAUCAGGAGCUUCACCGGGCAGGAGGAGACCUUGGAUAAGGAGGUUACUGGGCAAGGUUAUUACAAGAAGUACCUAAAGGCUGUCCUGUCCAAAAACCCUCGGAAGGGGAGCUCCACGAAGAUAGAAGAGAACCUCCUGUCAAGGGUCCAGACGUAUUUACGCUCCUACAUCUACGUUCCCGAGGAAGGUUUCCGGAUCCCGCUGAAGCUUGUCCUGUCCAUAACCACGGCCGUGCUUGCUGUCUACCAGGUCGCUCUGCUGCUUCUGGUAGCCGUCAUCCCCACCAUCCAGAUUGUGCGGGCAGGAAUGACAAAGGACAUCGUGAUAUUGUUGGUCCAGUUUGGCUUGGUGCCCUCGGAGAGCCCGGCUGUCCCGGGUGACAUGGAGAAGGAGCUCAACACCGUCAAGUACUACCUGUGGUCACUGGAAGUCUGCUACAUCUGCUCACUGGUGCUGUGCUGCCUGCUGACCUGCGCCAUGCUCCUGAGGACGCUGGUGAUGCACAGGAACAACCUGAAGGCACUCUACCAAGGGGCCGUGCUGGAUGUUUUCUACAAAGCCCAUAUCCUUCGCCCAUCCCGACAAGCCAUCGUCUGCUGGAUGAGCUUCGCCGCCUUCCAGACAGCUUUUGCCUGCCUGGGUCUCCUCAUCCAGCAAGUGAUUUUCUUCAUCUGCUCGGUGGGCUUUACCUUCCUCUUCAUCAUCCCGCUCCAGUCCGGCACAAACACAUACCUCUUCAAAAUCAUUCAGAACAUGUGGCCCUUCUGGUUGACCCUGGUUGUUGCCGUCAUUGUGCAAAAUUUGGCAGCUCACUACCAAUUCCUGGAGCAGCAUCCCCUUCGCAAGGAGCUCACCAACAGGCGAGCUCUCUACAUAGUCACCUACCUGCUCUUCCCCAUCAAUGUCCUGGUGGGUGUCCUGGCCGGUGUGUGGAGGAUGGUCAUUUCUGCCCUUUAUAACGCUGUCCACUUCUCCCAGCUAGACAUCAGCCUGCUGAACCGCAGUGUGGAGACCUUCGACCCAGGCUACCACACUUACUGCCACUAUCUGAAAAUCGAGGUCAGCCAGUCCCACCCGGUGAUGAAAGCUUUUUGCUUGCUGCUCCUCCAGCUAGCCAGGCCAGAGGGGCCGCCGGGGCUCCGGGCCAGCAACGUGGAAGAAGGCAUCCAGCUGAUGCAGCCCAAGAAGGCACCUCCAAGCAGAGCCAGGUUCAAGCAGACCAGAGCCCGCUGGUGGCUGGCCUACACGCUCCUCAAUAACCCCUCGCUGACUGCUUGCCGGAAAACCGCCCUCUCUGACCCCACAGCCAACGGCACCCAGCUCAGCUCCCCCAAGGCCUGA